AUGGCACCUUUUUCACCAUCGCCCCCUCUGCUCCUCUCCCCCCCACCCCAUUUCGCCCUUGCACGUGCCGCCUCUGCCGCACCCCUGCAUGUGCCGCGUGCGUCCACUCCGCCCAUCAUCCACAUGCUUUUAUCCAUGGCACGUGCCACGAUACAUUCGUCACCGCCCCUCUGCUCCUCCCCACCACACCCGCCCAUCAAUCGCCCCACAUCUCCCCUGCGGUGUCUUGUCGCACCGCACCACCCUCACAGUCCUUAUCAAAUGCGCCAGGUGGCAUGCGAUGACACUUUGGUCACCAUGGGUUUCUCUGCUCUUCUCCCCCCUCCCCACCCCAUCGCAUUGCCCCUGCCUCUGUCUCGCUCACCCCUCUCCACACCCCCCUCUCAUCAUCUACCUGCUUUUAUCCAGGUGGCAUGCGACGACACUUUCGUCACCAUGGGCCCCAUCGUCGUCGACAGCUCAGCGCCACAUCAGCUCGGCUUUCUCACCAACUGCCACGUGGCAGGCACCUCUCCAGAGAUGUCGGAGGGGCGCUGCCUCUACCACCCACACUGCCCGAGCCUCGGCCCCGGCGUGCCUAUCAGGGAGGUUCGGCGCGUCGUGUCCUUCCGAAGUGACCUGGAGUGGUUCGGGUUUUACAUCAACCACCAGCCUGGUGCGCUGGGGAGGGGAGUUGAAUGGGGGAGACGAAUGGGGGAGACGAAUGGGGGAGACGAACGGGGGAGACGAAUGGGGGAGAGGGGGGGUGUGGGCGGAAGGGUUAAGGGGGAGGUGACCUUUGAGUUGACUCACAAGUGGCUUUGGGUAGCGACCUGGAGUGGUUCGGGUUUUACAUCAACCACCAGCCUGGUGCGUUGGGGAGGGGAAACCAGGGGCGGGAAGGAGGGUAGGGAAACGGUGGGGGCGGCAUGGGGGGGAAACGGGGGGGCAUGGGGGUUGGGCAAGGGAAGGGCAGACAUCAGGGUGCGUGUGGACACGGGGCGUUUGUCGCCUUCACAUCGGCCAUCCACGCCCACCACAUCACAGCGCACCCACGCGGCCUGCCCCCCACGCGGCCUGCCGCACAGUGCAGACCAGCUCACGCCCCUUGCGCCUGCUCUCCUCCCCACACACACCCUCUUUCGUGCAGUCAUCAGGGGUGCGUGUGGACGGGGCAUUCGCUGCCUUCACAUCGGCCAUCCACCCGCACCACAUUACAGCGCACCCACGCGGCCUGCCGCCUGGCGCAGUGGGCGCGAUGCUGCAGAUCCUUCCCGCAUGGCCCGUCUCCGCCCUCGUCUCGCAGCAGGUGGGCUCUUGUCGUCCACUCGGUUGAAUUCUUUCUUUCUCUCUUCCUCCCUCCCUCCCUCCCUCCCUCCCUCCCUCCCUCCCUCCCUCCCUCCCUCCCUCCCUCCCUCCCUCCCUCCCUCCCUCCCUCCCUCCCUCCCUCCCUUCCUCCCUCCCUCCGGAGGGCUUCCCAUGUCGCCCAAGCGUCACGCGUGGCACGGUGAUGGGGUAUGCCGUGGAGUGGAGUACUGUGUCCACUGCAAGCACGCCUUCAAGCCACUGUCUCCGCUCGCCCUCCCUUCGAUCUCCCCCUUGCCCCAUACCCUUCUUCUUCCGCGUCUUCUUCCCCCCUUCACCCCUGCUGCUGCCUCCCCCCCCUCUCCUACACAGGUAGCAAAGGUGGGGCGCAGCUCGGGUGUGACACAAGGAACGGUGAUGGCGUAUGCCGUGGAGUAUUAUGUUGACAGCAAGCGCGCCUUUGACUCUGACCUCCUCAUCCGCAGCUCCACCAAGUGCGCUCUCCUCCUCUCCCUCCUCCAACGAGGUGCGCUCUCCUCCUCUCCCUCCUCCAACGAGGUGCGCUCUCCUCCUCUCCCUCCUCCACCGAGGUGCGCUCUCCUCCUCUCCCUCCUCCAGCGAGGUACGCUCUCCUCCUUUCCCUCCUCCAACGAGGUGCGCUCUCCUCCUCUCCCUCCUCCACUGAGGUGCGCUCUCCUCCUCUCCCUUCUCCAACGAGGUGCGCUCUCCUCCUCUCCCUCCUCCAACGAGGUGCGCUCUCCUCCUCUCCCUCCUCCACAGAGUACUAUGUUGACAGCAAGCACGCCUUCGCCUCUCCUCCCCUCCACCCUCUGCUCCCUCCCUCCCCUCCUCCCUCUGCUCCCUCCCUCCUCUCCACCCUCUGCUCCCUCCCUCCCCUCCUCCCUCUGCUCCCUCCCUCCUCUCCACCCUCUGCUCCCUCCCUCCUCUCCUCCCUCUGCUCCCUCCCUCCUCUUUUCCCUCUGCUCCCUCCUCUGCUCCUUCCGCUGCUCCCUCCCUCUGCUCCUUCCUCUCCUCCUUCCUCUCCUCCUUCCUCUGCUCCUACCGCUGCUCAUUCCGCUGCUCGCUCCUUUUUCUCCUUCCGCUGCUCCCUCCCUCUGCUCCUUCCUCUCCUCCUUCCUCUCCUCCUUCCUCUGCUCCUACCGCUGCUCAUUCCGCUGCUCGCUCCUUUUUCUCCUUCCACUGCUCCCUCCCUCUGCUCCUUCCUCUCCUCCUUCCUCUCCUUCUUCCUCUGCUCCUACCGCUGCUCAUUCCGCUGCUCGCUCAUUUUUCUCCCUCCGCUGCUCCCCCCUCUGCUCCCUCCGCUGCUCCCUCUUCUCACCACCCAUUCUCGCCCUGUUCCGCCCCUCCCCUCCCCCUCCUCCCGUCCGCCAGGCCCCAUUCGACCUGGAGGGCGAUGCAGGCAGCACGGUGUACCUGCUGCAAACGGGGAGGGGAGUGGAGGACGAAAGGGGAGGAGCAGGACAGGGGAGUGCGCGAGUAGGGGAGCGGAGGAGGGGAGAGGCGGCAGGUAGUGGAAGCAUGUUACCCCAGGGCAGGGGGCCAAGUUCAGCAGCAGCGGGGUUAGGAGGAGGAGCAGCAGCAGGAGCAACAGGAGCAUUAAGAUCAACAGAGGUAACAGAAUCAGCAGGAGCAGCAGGAGCUGAAGCGGCAGAAGGAGCAGCAGGAGUGGAAGAGAGGGGCCAGUAUCCUGCACAGGAGGACGGGUGUGAGCACAGGGAGGAGGCACACGGCAGAGGAACAGUAGGCGGGGCAGGCUCGCAAGGGGGCAGGAGUGGAGACGGCGAGGGAGAGGGGGGUGCAGCAGUGAGUGGUGGAAGCAGGGGGCAGCAGUCUGCUAGUGGUGGUGCUGAGGGAGAGGGCAGCAGGAGGGGAGGAGAGGGGGCUGGUGGGGUGAGCAGCAGAGGAGAGGGACAGGGAGCAGUGAGGGAUGGAGAGGAGGGAGAGGGAGCAGUGGCAGGAGCAGAUGUUGCAGCUGGAGAGCACACAGCAGAGCUGGAAGAUCGGAGAGGAGGAGUAGGAAGCAGGGCGGAAGCUAGAGCGCCAGGCGGCGAUGCAGCAGAAAGUGAGGGUCAGGGCGGCAAGUGGCGGCCGCUUGCACUGGUGUGGGGCGGCACGGGGCGGCACGGGAGGGUGACGAGGUGGAGUGGCAAGCACCCCGAGUACUGGACGACUGCUGUGGACCUUCAUCGCCUCAUGACCCACCUCCAUGUCUCCCCUGCUCCCCCCGGCCGUACCCGCGAUGGCGGCGAGUUGGAGGGGCAGGGGGAGGAGGGUGGAGGGGUGCGGGGCAGGGCGGAGGGGGAGGGGAGGGGGAGUACUGAUGGGAGUGAGAGGGAGGUGGAGGAUGGUGUUGCAGACUUGUAG